AUGGAAAAGAAGAAAGUUUGCCAUGGCCAUUCAAGACCUGUGGUUGAUUUGUUCUAUAGUCCAAUCACACCAGAUGGUUUCUUCCUCAUUAGUGCUAGUAAAGAUUCGCAUCCGAUGUUGAGAAACGGGGAAACUGGAGAUUGGAUUGGUACAUUUGAAGGUCAUAAAGGUGCAGUGUGGAGUUCUUGCUUGGAUAACAAUGCAUUACGUGCCGCAUCUGCAUCGGCGGAUUUUUCAGCGAAACUUUGGGAUGCGUUAACAGGAGAUGUGCUACAUUCUUUUGAGCAUAAGCAUAUUGUUCGAGCAUGUGCCUUCUCAGAGGAUACAAAAUCGUUGCUCACUGGAGGAUUUGAGAAGAUUCUCCGUGUUUUUGACUUGAAUCGGUUGGAUUCACCUCCUACAGAAGUCGAUAAAUCUCCUGGUUCAAUCAGAACUCUUACAUAUCUUCACAGUGAUCAAACAAUCUUAAGUUCUUGCACUGAUAUUGGCGGUGUAAGGUUAUGGGAUGUGAGGAGUGGAAAUAUUGUCCAGACCUUAGAAACUAAAUCUCCUGUCACCAGUUCUGAAGUGAGCCAAGAUGGACGAUAUAUUAUAACUGCUGAUGGGUCAACAGUUAAAUUCUGGGACGCAAACCAUUUUGGACUAGUGAAGAGUUUCGACAUGCCUUGCAAUAUUGAAUCUGCAUCGCUGGAACCAAAGUCUGGCGAAAAGUUUGUUGCCGGUGGCGAGGAUAUGUGGGUCCGAGUGUUUGAUUUCUACACUGGCGAGGAGAUUGGAUGCAACAAGGGACACCACGGUCCGGUACACUGCGUGAGGUUUUCACCGACGGGCGAGUCCUACGCCUCGGGAUCUGAAGACGGUACCAUUAGAAUCUGGCAAACGAAUCCCGCGAAUCCCGAAGAGAACGAAUCAAGUUCGAGGAGAGUGAAGCAUAACGUGGAUGAAGUUUCUAAGAAGAUUGAAGGCUUUCACAUCAACAAAGAAGCGAAAACCGCAGAGAAACCAUCUGAUCCUUAG